CCCAGGUGGGCGCCGCGGGGAUGGCUCCGGUCGUGGAGGUGUCGGACGCCGGGCAUUGCCGGGCUUUGCUUUUGGAAUUAAACGAACAACGGCUGAGGGGCCAGUUCUGCGACGUCACCAUCAUCGCCGAGGACACCAAAUUCCGGGCUCACAAAAACGUCCUGGCGGCUUCCAGCCUUUUUUUUAAACGGGCUUUAACCCAAACGGGACCUUCUUGCCUCAACCCCGCUCAAGUUUUGGAAUUACCUGACGUCCAGGCCGGCGUUUUCUCCGACGUCCUCAAUUUUAUCUACAAUUCCCGCUUGGCGGUCCCCAACCAAGCCACCGCCCGGGCUUUAGGGGCCAUCGGGCGCCGUUUGGGCAUCUCCACCCUUCAAGGUUUAUUAGAAUCGGCGACUUGGAAAGAAAUGAACGGUUCUUCGGGAGAAUCCAAGUCGCCGGCGCCGGUGGAUUUAAGUUUUUCCUCACAGGAGGCGGCUGAGGCGAAGGACAAAAUGGCGGCUCCUCCCACGGCGCCGGCUUCUAAACUGGCGCCUUCCAAGAUGGCGGCCCCCGGCCCGGCUUCCAGCCCAGCGCCUUCUAUGGUAGGAACCAACAUGGCGGCCUCCAGCACAGCGCCCUCAAUGGACAUGGCGGCUUCCGUACAAGGCUCCAAAAUGGCGGCUUCCGGGGAGGCCUCCAAAAUGGCGGCUGCCGUACCCGGGUCCAAAAUGGCGGCCGCCGACAUGACAGGCCCCACCACGGCGACGACGGCACCUUCUUCUUCUUCUUCCUCCUCUUCUUCUUCUUCUUCUUCUUCUUCAUCUUCUUCUUCCUCACCGUUGCGCUGCGGGUUGUGCGGGCGAGCUUUCGGCACGGCGGCCGCCUUGGCUUUCCACGCCAAGCUCCACCGGGGCCGCCGGGGCCUGGCCUGCCGCCAUUGCGGCAAGACCUUCAUCCACGUCAAGCGCCUCCAAACCCACGAAGUUCUUUGCGGCGACGACGUCCCCCUCAACGACGACCUCCCCCCGACCACCACCACCACCACCACCACCACCACCACCACCACCGCGCCGCCGAAACAAGGCAAAAAAGCCUUCCUCCUCCGCCAUCGCGCCUUGGGAGGAGGAGGAGGAGGAGAAGGAGGAGAAGAAGAAGAAGAAGCGUUGGUCAAGAUGGUGGACGGCCACCUGGUCUACCUUUGCGGCGUUUGCCACCGUUCCUACGUCACCCUCUCCAGCCUCAAACGUCACGCCAACGUCCACUCCUGGCGCCGCAAGUACCCGUGCCGGUACUGCGACAAGGUCUUCGCCUUGGCCGAGUAUCGCACCAAACACGAGGUGUGGCACACGGGGGAACGGCGCUACCAGUGCGUCUUCUGCUGGGACACCUUCGUCACCUACUACAACCUCAAGACCCACCAAAAAGCCGCCCACGGCAUCAACCCCGCCCUCAUCUCCUCCGAGAAGACCCCCAACGGCGGUUACAAACCCAAACUCAACGCCCUCAAACUCUACCGCUUGUUGCCCGCCCGGGGUGGGGCGGCCACCAAAAGACCCUACAAGACCUACAGCCAAGGUGGCUUGAUGGCCGACGGCCUCUUGGUCACCACCACCGCGGGCAACGUGGCGAAGAUGCCACCACCGCCGCCGCCGCCGCUGCCGCCUCCCCCGUUGCCUCCCGGUGAUGGUGGCACCUUCUCCUCACCCAGACCCGAGUCCGUCAUCGCCUACGGGCGCCCGUCGGCCUCCGUCAUCGUGCGAGGAGGAGGAGGAGGAGGUGGUGGUGGUGGUGGUGGGACCACCAUGACCUCGCCGGCCUCCGUCAUCGCCUACAACGGGCGAGCCGGGGAGGUGGCCUCGUUGCCGCCAUCGUUGCCGCCGUCGGUGCCGCCGUCGGUGGUGCCGCCAUCGGUGCCGCCAUCGGUGUCGCCGGCCACGGCGGCGCGGCCCAUGAAGAAGCAAGUCCUGAGGGAUUACAUCGAGGCCCAGCGAGCGGCGGGAGGAGGGGACAACGCCGUGGUGGCCGCCAUGACCACCGCCGUGGUGGCCACCACCACCAGCACCGCCGCCGUGGCCACCAGCACCACCACCACCACCACCGUGGGCCGUACCAUGACCUACGUGGCCAAACCCGCCUACGUGGGGACGCCGGGGGACAACCGGGCGGCCCCUCUCUGCCAAAUCACCGUCCGCAUCGGGGAGGAGGCCAUCGUCAAGCGCCGCAUCUCCGAGACCGACCUCCGCCUGCAGUCGGCGGCCACCGCCGGGGGGGUGACCACAACCACCGGUGGCCACCGCCGUCACCCGGCCACCGAGGGUGGUGACAGCGACGCCGAAGAUCGGUUGUGGCGGCCAUAUUACAGCUACAAACCCAAGAGGAAGAGCGGCGGCGGCGGUGGCGGCACCACCAAGUUGGGUGACACCACCAAGAGGGGUGACACCACCACCAAGGGGGGUGACGCCAGGAAGGGUGACACCAGGAGGGGUGACACCAGGAGGGGUGACACCAAGAGGGGUGACACCACCAAGCCCAAGAGACCCCGUUGGCGCCGCAAGUUGCGCUCCCCGCGCUGGCCGGGUGACGCCGGCGAAGAGGAGGUGGCGACGGGUGACAAAGAUGGCGGUGACGGUGACAAGGAGGGGGACGGCCACCACCACCACCGGCGGCGGGAUUGUCACCGUCACCACCCCCACCCCUGCCGGGUGUGCGGGAAAACCUUCCGCGCCUCCAAAAAGCUGCGGAAACACCAACGGGGACACGAGGGGUUGGGUGUUGGUGACGACGGUGAGGGUGACGACGGUGAGGGUGACAACAACGGUGAGGGUGACAACAAGGGACAGCCCCCCCGGGUGGGCCGGCGGCCAUCGCUGCGUUUCGCCUGUAGCCGCUGCGCCAAGGUGUGCAAGACGGCGGCCGCCCUCAGCCGUCACGCCAAGCGUCACCGCGACGAGGGGGGGGUGACAACACCCCCCUCCCCUCCGACUGUCAUCGCCUACACCCCGACC